UGGGAGGUUUCAACCAGGGUUACUUAAUAUAAUGCUCUUCAUGUGGAGGCAGAGCCUUAGUUCUGCAAAUGCGUUGUCAGUUUUUGCGACGGUGUAUAGAAUCGAAUCCAAUUUACUCAGUGUGACCAAAAAUAUGGAGUCGAAAAGUCAAAGGAAUAUUUCGGAUUUAGCAAAAAUCGAGGAGGUUGUUGAUCAUCCAAUCGAGUUGUUUAGGAUUUGGCAGGAUGAAGCACGAAAAUACAAUUCGAAAGCGCUAGACAUCUGUUGCUUGGCUACAACUUCAAAAGAUUGUAAAGUAUCUGCAAGGAACGUUGUUCUUCGAGAAUUUGAUAAUGAUGGUUUUGUAAUUGUAACGGAUAAUAGGAGUAAAAAGAUUGAUAAUUUAGAAAAUAUUCCAUAUGCUGCAAUGUGUUACUUUUGGUCUUAUGUAAAUGAGCAGAACCAAAAGAUCCACAAACAGAUAAGAAUAGAAGGCAUUAUGAAAAAAUUGGAGAAGGAAAAUUUCAAGCAUUUAUAUGACAGAGAGCCAUUGUUUUGCAAAAUUCGUUCUCAUAUAUGCAAACAAGGACAUAACGUUGAUUGGGAUGAAUUAAAACAGCGACAUGACAAAAUAUUUGAUUCAGUUCGUAAAGGAGAAAAUGAUUUACCGAUGCCGGAUCAUUUCGUUGGAUACAAACUUUUUCCGACAAUGAUGGAAUUUUAUUUUGCAAGAGAUUAUUUUAUAGCUGAUCGUAUACUAUAUCAUGAAGAUACAUCGAAUAAUUCUUGGAAGAAACAACGUAUAGCGGCAUAAUAUCAUACAUUAAAUAAACGAUUAUUGCGAUUUAUUAUUCCAUAAUAAAUUUUCAUAAUAAUAUUUAAAGAAAA